AUGGCCAGGCAUCAGAAGAAAGUGUAUCGCAUAACAGUAACAGUCAUUCAACAGCAAGGUUUCGUACAAGAUUACUGCUGUUAUUUGAUAUCGAAGUAAACCCUGGACCUGAUCAACCCUCAACCAGGCUAGUUCUUCGGGGAGAGGAGAACUGAUCACAUGAUCAGCCAGUUGUGUUGUUUGUGGUUUCAGAUAUAACCCAAUCCCUAUCUCUAAUCCUUAAUCUAACCCUUACCCUAACCCCAACACUAAUCACUAUAACUAACUAAUGACGUAAUCUGUGAUGCAAAUUCUUCUAUCCGAGGAAGUACCCCUCAACAUAAGCUAAAAUGUCUGUAUUUAAACUCCAGAAGUUUGGGUGAAUAAAGCAAAAUAUCUCAAAGCAAUGGAAUCUGCAAACGAACACCAUCCGAUAGCAGUCACAGAAACAUGGUUAAAUCCUUCCGUAAGAGACUCUGAAUUACUUAUAAACACAUAUUUUAACAUACAUUGUCGAGAUUGUGAGUCUGGUGAACGUGGAGGGGGAGUGAUGCUUCCAGUAAGACAUCGCCUUAAGUCAUUCAGGAGAACUGAUCUGGAAACUGACGCCGAAUAG